UUUACUGCCGCUGUCCAGCACUUCAGCAUUCAGCACCGAGGCCAGAGUGCCAGCGAGAAGCCUGAACCUUACACAGCGACCAAAACUGCACAAAACCCCCCACAGAGUCCGGGUUGAAACAGAAAACCCGUUCACGAGGCUUUGAGGCUUGAGGCUUGAGCAGAUAGCUGUGGCCAUGUACGAAGGGGCGAGGGUGCCCUCUCCUGAGGCCAGUGCUAAUGGUGCCCCGGGUGCCGCCACACGGCCCAAUGGUGAUGAAGAACCGGAAGAAGAAGAAGCUGCACCACCAAAGCCUGUGCUGGUGAAGAAGGCUCGCCGCGAGAUCCUGGACCAUGAGAGAAAGAGACGAGUGGAGCUGAAGUGCAUGGAGCUGCAGGAGAUGAUGGAGGAACAGGGAUAUUCAGAAGAGGAGAUCAGGCAGAAGGUCGGGACGUUUCGGCAGAUGCUGAUGGAGAAAGAGGGAGUCAUAACCAGAGAGGGAUCUAAUCCCAGACCACCGGUGACAGUUUUACCCCAUGGUGUUGAAGAGGAUGCAGAGGGCAGUGGGUUUGCUGAUGGCUAUGAGGACGACUACGACUGGCAUGGAGACUACUAUGAUCGGGAUUCCGUCACCCACGAUGACUAUAGAGCCAAGAGGAAGUCCAGCAGCUCACCUUCUCCUCCACCUAAGAAAAGAAAGAAGAAGAAGGGAAGAAGACACAGUCGAGUUGACAGCUCGUCUCCUACACGGCGAGGAAAGAGGAAGAAGAGUGGCAAGAAGCACAAGAGAGAUAGGUCCACAUCUGGGUCCAGGAGGAAGAGGAGACACAGAUCAGGCACUCCAAAGAACAAACACAAAGACAAGAGCAAACUGAGAAAGAAAUCUCCAGCAGAGUGUACCAGCAGGAGGCCCCAGCGCAGAGGAAGCUGCUGCAGCUCGCGCAGUGCCUCUGUCUCAUCCACAGCCACCAUCUCCAGAUCCCCCAGCAGGUCCAACCUGAAGUACAGGACGGAGAGACAGAAGAGGUCUAGUCCCAGUGCAUCUCCGUCUCCCGGGCUGGAGAACGGCCACCACAGCGAGCGAGUUCGCAACGGCAAACACUCCGGACUCAGCCAGCUAGAGGGCGAGAAAAGCAGCGAUAAGCUACGGUCAUUGGCUUCAUCCUCACCAAGUGAAGAGCAGAGGCAGACAUCACCUAAUGUAAGGGAAGUAAAGAGCCACAGUGCCCUCUGUAGGAGCCCUGGACGACAGCAGACACAUGCCCAGAUGGGAGAGGCAGGAAAGGGAGAAGAGAGGCAGCAGAGGGGUGGCAAGCUGUCCUCUGAGUCAUCAGGAAAACGGGCAGGACGGAGCUGCCACUCUCCUGCCCAUAGCAGUGACUCCCAACUCGAUCUCCAGUCUAAAGCCAAGGGCACACACAUGAAGAAAGCAAAAGGGUCUCAUUCAUCUAAGAGGCACCAUCAUGGUAGGGCCGUGAACCGACAGCGCAGUGUGUCAGCGUCACCAACUCCACACCGGCGCACGUCCGGGCGCAAAAAGAGCAAAUCAAGCCUACAGCAACGAAGCAGCUCAUGGAGCAGUGUUCGCUCUUCUUCACGCUCCAAAUCAAGAGAGCACGUGCAAAGCAAGACUAAGUCCCCACAUACUCGACAGAACAACUCUAGGGAGAGGGACAGUCCUCACUACUCUGAUGCCGAGAGAACUCGGAGACGCUCCCGCAGUUAUUCUCCCAUUCGUAAGAGGAGGAGAGACUCUCCCAGCUUUAUGGAGGCUCGCAGAAUCACCAGUGCACGCAAGAGGCCGAUACCAUACUACAGGCCUAGUCCGUCUUCCUCCAGCUCUCUGAGCAGCUACAGUAGCUCCAGCCGAAGCCGAAGCCGGAGUCGGAGCUAUGACAGCUACAGCAGCUACAGCCGGAGCAGGAGCAGGAAUCGGAGUAAAAGCAGGAGUAAAAGUCGGAGCAGGAGCAGGGGCAGGAGCAGGAGCAGCAGUCAGUCACGAAGCCCCAGUCAGGCACACAGCUACUACAGUCACAGCAGCUACGAGAGCCCUGGCUUCUGAUAAGUGAUGGCUACAGGAACAGAUAGAUUACAGGAUGGAUGGAAAAUGAAAGAAAUGAACAAUCCAAACACUUCAGACUACCCUUCCUUGUAUCUGUCAUAAAUAAGUAAUUAUUAUAACGAAAAAGGUAUUACCAUAGCCAAGAUGGCUGUCAAGACAGUAUGGAAGAUUUCUUAUCUUCCAUAAGACGAUGACAAAAAUCUAAACAUUAUUAAACACCAGAAAUUGUUGCAGCACAUCAGAUCAGAUGAUGAUGAUAUCACACAGAUACAGGGAAUACACGAAAUCCAAAAUAAACUGAGGAAAAUUAAACAUGCAGACGUUUGCAAAAAUCACCCAAAAAAGAAGAGCAAAGGAAUCUAUCAAACAUUCAUGAGAAAUUCUCACAAUCUGUAUACGAAGUGAUGUUACAAACAAAACAGGAUCGUAUACGGACACCAAAAGCCAGGAGAACAAAAUGAAGUAAAGCACUUUUAUGGCCUGAAAUUCUUCCAAGUUGCAAAAAUAACCAAAUCAAGGGUCAGUAGACGUGAGAAGAAGCACCCAGCUGGGAUGAAUGUAAUCUAACAGGGGUCGAAGGAGACUCGAUGGACAGUGAACACAUUCUGUAAUAUUCUUCCCCACCCCUUUCCAAAGACUGACACACACGAACAAACAAACUUGAGAACAAACACAGACUGUAUUAAUGAUAUUAAUGAUAUUAAUGAUAUUUAUCUCAUGUUUUGCUAGUGGAAAACAGAACUGUGUGCUUUUCUAAAAGAUGUAUUAUACAGUACAUACACCGGGAUGUUGACGUGUGAAGGUGUAAACUGCGAGCUCUGGCUGUAAACUAUGCACUGUAUAUCCAAACCAUAUACGAAAUAAGGCUUUGUAUGUGGAAACGUUAGCAUGAUGCAGCAGAGGAGACUUUCAUAUACGAGCACCCGGCCAACACCACACACACACACACACACACACACACACACACACAGAUGUGGAUGUAAAUUUCUCUUCUACUCCUCCUUUAUUCUCGGGUCUUGUUGACCAUUUCAUAUCGGAUACACCUGUAUGCAGAGACCUUUUAGAAAUGUAUGAUUUUGGUCACUAUCCCACUUUCUUUGGUUGUGGGUAUUGCAUACAUGGUUGUAUCGCUAUUUAGAGCUUUGACUAAUUUAGUGCAUUAGUUCUGUACAGUUAUUAUAAUAAUCAUCGCUGUUGUCAGUACCUGUCCUUGAAACCAGGCUGCAAAAACCCACAUGCACACACGUCUUUUUGAUCAUACUGUAUGUAUUUAACUAUGUAUUAUUUAUUUACCUAAUUGUUCUUAUUUAUUCAUUAUUUAUUUGAUAUUUAUUAUGUAUUUAUUCAGUGCUUAUUUAUUCAUGCUGAAACAUUAAUGAAGAAUUCCUCUUGCUUCCUGCAUCUAAAAAUUAAAUAAGAAAGAAAUUAUUGGAUUGGAUUUUUUAAAUUUCAGCAAGAAAUUGCUUCUAGCUAACAUUUAUUUCACUAACUGAAAAUUGAUUUAAAUUGAAAUAUGAUUUUCCUGUUUUAACCCUAAGCAUUAGUGGUACAAACUUAUUGUAGUUCUUGACUAAUGAAGAGAUCGCUAUUUAUUUAAUUUUUUUUUAACUAUUUUGCACAUACCUUAAUUCAGGAAUCUUUAUCAAACAGUUAUUACUGUUAUUGGCUAAGAACAGUUUCUGCCUCUCAUACCUUUGAUUAAGUCUCAAUUCAGAUUCCCUAUAAAUCCAAUAUGGUCAUAUUUCUAUCCCUGUAUGACUUUUACUGAAAUUGACAAAUGAGUUGAUGAUGCAAUCAGGGAAACAUGCUCACAGUCUUCCUCUCCUCUCUUGCUCACACCUUUGUCAGUGUUCUUGGAGUCAUCCUUCAUUCAUUGUGGAUCAAUACCCUCUUCAGUAACAAGAUUAUACAGCGCUUAUCAUGGGACUGUAUAGAAGUCAGUAGAUGUAGUGUACUAGUUAUUAUUCUACAGAAAAUAAAGUAUAUUCCAGUGGAAA